GUAUACUUGCUGUAAUUUGUAAACAAACAGUUUGAAUCUUUAGGCUAAUCUUCAAAAGGAAAACACACACAACUAUUAUGAAUAUAUUUGCUCCACUUAAAGUUUUCAAUUUAUUUUAUUCACCUCCUAAAAGUCUAAAAAACGAAUCUUGCAGCUACCAACACAUAGUAUUUGAGCAAAAUCAGAGUGAAGAAAUUACAAACAAUUUAGUUCAUAUUGAUAAGUAUUAUGUUGAACACAUCAUACAUUUUCUCCAUCUAAUAGAUGAAGAUGAGAUCAUUCAACAGUUUCUGAAGUACGAUCGUUGUUAUGUAUAUGCUGACAAAUAUCUUCUCUCCAUGGUGUUUGUUUACUUCAUAAGAUCUCGUCUUCCUUUUUCUAGUUACAACCGUCUCAAUUUCUUUGCAGCUUUAUACCUGGCUCAUGACAUGGAGGAGGAUGACGAAGACUUGAAAUCCUGUCUUCCUCGCUGGGCCCUUCCUCGCAGUUUUAAACAUGGAGCAGAAAGUCUGCUUGUGCAGGUGCGCUGCAACUUGUGGGCAGCCAUGGACUUCAGGGCCUGUGUCAGCUUGCAGUGUUGUCUCCAGGUGAUGGACAGUAUGAAGGAUUGUACGUUGUGGACCCGUGAAAGACGUCAAGUUCAUGGAGGAGCAAUCCGUAGUUAUGUACUACAACCUCAGUGUGAUCUCUGUCUCAUACCUCGCAUUCGCUGUUACAACACUGACUUGGAAUCCAGCAGCUCGGAGGACAGCAGUGAUGAGGAUGAGGAAUGGUUCCUGCCUUCCAAGAAGUUCAAGUUUGCAGAAGAAUGAACUUCUUGUAUUUGAAUGAAACAGUGAAUCAGAAUUCUAAGAACCAUGUCACAAAAAUGGUUCCAUAUGACUCUUACUAGUUGUACUGUGUAAAAUUAAGUUAGGACUAGUUGAUAAAAAUUAUGUUAACUAAUUCAUUAGUUUUAGAUUUAAAUAGAUUUCAAACACAAUAGAUAUAAGAUGUGUUUUACAAAUAAUUAAUAGUCAUUAAUUUUAUUCAUAAGUACAACAAUUACCUACUAUUAAAGAGUUUUAGAGUCGAUAUGUACAGCUUAUAAUACUAACAAUACUAAAUAAACAUUUGUGCCAAUUC